AUUACCGUCAUAAAGAUAAAGCAGACUCUCCGACGUUAGAAAGGCCAAAAAUGGUGAGCGUUAAGUCCUCUUGCACCGUGACUCCAAGUAAUCCGACUCCGGAGUCUUGCUUGUGGUUGUCGGGGAGUGACCAAAUUUAUCCUUGGACUCACGUGCGCAGCAUCCACGUUUACGGCCCACACCAACACCAGAGCCACGGCGGCGCCAUUCACACCCUCACUCGCUCUCUCGCCGACAUAUUGGUCCCCUACUACCCGCUGGCCGGUCGCUUACGCAGCAUCGGAGGCGGCCGCGUGGAAGUUGUCUGCAACGCCAAGGGAGCGCUGCUUCAGGUAGCUGAAUCUACUAAAACAAUACACGACUAUGGUGAUUUCAGACCCGACCAACCCAUCCAAGAGCUUCUUCCCAAGGUUGAUUAUUCUAAACCCUUAGAGGAGAUUCCUUUGUUGUUGGUUCAAGUCACCCUCUUUAGUGGCGGUGGCCUCUGUAUUGGGCUUGCCCUUUCCCACUCCAUGGCCGAUGGUUACGCUGCCAUGCAGUUCAUCAUCUCCUGGGCCAAGCUCGCGCGAGGGCUCCCAUUAGAGCAGAGCGACCUGCCUUUCCUGGACCGCACCGUCCUUAAAUGCUGCGAACCGGUCAUGCCUCCCCGUUUCCCCCACCCAGAAUUCAAGCCCCUCCCACUCAUACUGGGUGCUUCUGACACCGACGAGGAGCGCAAGAAGGAAACCACCGUGCAGUUAUUGAAGCUGACGGCGGAGGAGGUGAGUAAGAUCAAGGACCGGGCAAAUGAAGGAGCGGAGAUUUCACGACCCUUUUCGAGAUUCGAGGCCGUGAGUGCCCAUAUAUGGAGGUGUGUGACCAAGGCCCGACGAAAUGAGUACCAGCAGCCGACCACAGUUUGGCUUGUGGGUGAUAUUCGCAACAGAGUGAGCCCACCCCUGCCUCCGAACUAUUUCGGCAACGCCGUGCUUCCGACGGUGACCAGAGAUGGAAUCAGCGGGGAGGUGAUAUCAAAGCCGUUGAGCCACGCCGCGCAGAAAAUAAGGGAAGCAAUUGGGUUUCUGAGAGAGGAAAGGUACGUGAGAUCACAGCUUGACCGGAUAGAGGGUACGGAGCAAGUGGAUUCGCUGAGGGUUGCGUACAACCAAGGGGGAGUGAUGAAGCAGCCGUUUCUGGGGAAUCCCAACAUGAGAAUUGUGAGCUGGAUGACUUUGCCGAUGCACGAAGCAGAUUUUGGAUGGGGAAAGGCUGUGCACGUCGGGCCUGCGUCGUUGAACGCUGAUGGUAAGGUCACAAUGAUCCAUUCUCCUUCUGACGAUGGAUCUAUUCUCGUCGCCAUUCGUUUGCAGAACGCUCAUAUCUCCGAUUUCAAACACUUCCUCUACCAUGAUCUGUGAUUCAUUACCUGUCCUUUCUUCUGCCUACGUCAUCUCCGUCAAUUCCCUCGUUUUUCUGUGUCUCUUUAAUUAAUCCUUUCAUCACUGUCGUCAUAAAGACCUUGCGUCAAACUCUUUUGGUUUGUGUUUAUCAUCUGAAAGUAUAGCGUGCUAGUUAAUCGUGUCCCAUAAAAAUUUAUGGUGGCUGUCGAGGAAAUAAAAGAUGCUCAGUCUUGCCAUUUAUAUUUACAAAACAUUAGGGUUAUUAUACUAAUUCGGUCGUUGGCUUUUGUCA